UCGGUUCCUUCCACAGGUGCAAUCAUUUAAGUGGACACGCGCUGACGCGAGGAUUUGUUUGACGGGUUGAGUCUCGUGUGCGGUUUUUUUUGUUGUCGUAGCGGAACGUUACAACGGUUUUUGCUGCUGCUCAGCAUUCGAAAGAUACUGAGAGUGCCAGUCUGUGGCUGUCUGCUAAAUUCUGCCUUGAUUAAAUCGUUGGAUACACAGGAUACUAAAAAUGUUGCCGGACGCCUUCGGGUGCGUCGUGGCGAACAGGUUCGGGGACCUUCUGGAUGACGACGCUGACCCGUUCGACUUGAUCAACGGAGUGGAAACGGAGAAGGAGAAAAAGAAGAAAAAGAAGCAGAAAGACGACGAGAAGAAAGCCAAGCAGAAAAAAUCCGGUCAGAAGGAAUCUCAGAAGGACAGACGCGUCCCCACAGGCCCCCAAGACCCGGGUGCAGUCCAAAAGCAGCAGCAGCAGCAGUUGCAGCAGACACGUCCUGGACCAGUGAGUGAGGGAAGAGGUGGCAAAGAGGACGCCCAGAGAGGCAUGAAGAGAGCUGCAGCUGGGGAGCGCAAGACCAACCAAGAUGAAUACUCACAGGAGUUUUCCAUCUCCAAGCCUUCCUAUUACGCAGAGUCUGACCUCAGGGGCAGAGGCGGGAACAGAGGAAGGAGAGGAGCAAGAGGCGGUGGAUACACGAGGAACCCGGACACCUUCAACCCGAGGGGCAAGAGAGAGUAUGAUCGUCACAAUGGAACAGGAAUAUCUCCUGAGGAAAAGAGAGGAGGCAGAGGACCCUGGAACUGGGGAUGUGUUGAAGAGGCUGCAAGUGAAUUAAUGGAGGUGACGUCUGAUGGUCCAGUCAAAGCUGAGGAGCCUCAGAUUCAUGGGGACGAGAGCGCGAGUCGGAAAAUGGAAGAAGAGGAUGGCGAGGUGGUGGUCCAAGUUGCCAUGGAGAUGACCCUGGAUGAGUGGAAAGCCAUGCAGGAGAUGAAUCGCCCCAAGAUGGAGUUUAACAUCCGCAAAGCAGAGAGCAAGAUUCCUUCCAAGGCCAAGGUCAUCCAUGAGUCAAAGCAAGUGGAGAACCUUAAGGGGACAGUGGAGGACAUGGAAGUUGAAGGCAACUUCCUCCGAAGGCCCGUCAAUGACAUCACCUCCUCCCUGGACAUAAAUUUCGGGAGUCUUGGACGCCCCACUCGUUGGGGUCGAGGAAGGGGAGCCCGAGGUGGUUCAGCGAGUCACCCAGAGAAGGGUAAACCAAUUGUGGAAAGGGAGGACUUGGCUCCUGACCCAGAUGACCCAGAAGACUUCCCAGCACUACCAACAGGAAACUGAAUGCACUUGUCAUGUGAGGGGAGCAUGUGUUGCACUGACAAUUCAGCACUACACAAUAAAUGUUAAGGCAUGUUUA